AUGGGCUUUGAUGAGGAUGACUUUUACUCUAUUAGAUGCUGGACUAACAAUGAUAAUACAAAGUUUACUUGGUCUAGAGUUUCAUCUCGUGUAUCGCCUUUUCAUGUCAGCACGGAUCAGUAUCAGAUACAGAAUAAGUCCGGUGAAUCAACAUUAAUCUUGCCGUGGAAUUCUCUAAACGAUUUUUAUCGUUACGCUGGUGUAUAUGAAUGCCAAGCAACAAGCACAGCCAGUAAUUCUCCCCAAAGGAAGACUUUAUGGGUUGGAGUUACUCAUUCUGCAUCUCCUGUACAGCCAUCAAUUAUUUCACAAGUUGGCUAUGUUCGCGAUACCUUAGUGUUAACCACGUUAUCGAAUAAUGUCGUAACUUGUAAUUAUAUAUGGUACCACAACGGCUCACGUUAUACCCGAUGUGACAAUGCUUGCAACUGUAGUUUUGAUAGCUUGAGAUUACAAGAUGCCGGAGUUUAUGAAGUGAUUUAUCCGGCAUCUGACAAAUCUAAUAUUACUGGUGCUUUUAUGACAUUAACUGUUUUAGAGAAAAAAUGUAGCCAAAAUCAAAACUGCCUCAACGGAGCCAUCUGUAUGACAGACAAUAGUUGCGGUUGCCUUCCAGGCUUCAAUGGUACUUCGUGCCAGACAGCUUGCAGUCUUCCGUUUCGUUGUGGGCCUGCAUGCCAAUUUGCUUGUCAGCCAGAAAGUGUGUACUGCAGUUCCGAUAUGUAUGGGUGUAUGUGUCCAUCUGGAGUAACUGGCAUUAGCUGUAAAACUGAUUCGUGUCCUGCUGACAACUAUGGACCAAAUUGUCAACUGAAAUGUAAUGGGUGUAAUAAUCAUGGAAGCUGUCAGUCAAAGACGGGUUGUUUGUGCCAGUCUGGAUACUCUGGAAUCUACUGUGAAGAAGUUGCAGGCGGUUCCGUAGUUGUUAUAAUUGGUGUCGUUGUCGCAAUUAUUGCUGCUGUUAGUUUAGGAGUGAUUGCUUACAUUUGGUACAGCCGUCGCCGCGCUAGAGCUUUAGCUAAUAUCAAAUCACCAGAUCCUGUCGUCAUUGUUGAUGCAUCUGGUGAUAAUCCAUCGUCCUUAGAUACUAAUUUAAUCCGGUCACGAUUAGGACAGUAUAAAUACGUAGUAUCCAAAGCGCAAAAGGCAUCAUUGGUUCAAAAUAUUAAGAUCCCGACUAAACCUAUAAUUGUUAAGGAUCUGCUUGAUCGUAUUAACGCUUUGAAGGAAGAUUCGGCUCUUGCUUUAAAGGAAUUUGAGUCCAUCCCUCCUUGUAAAGAGACCCAUGCUAUUGCAGACAUGAAAGGGAACGCGAAAAAGAAUCGUUCUCAAAGUGUUAUUAGUUAUGAUCAUUCAAUCGUCACAGUCGGCGAUGGAGGAGUCAAUUCGUAUAUUAAUGCUUCUCAUGUUCAUGGAUACAUGAAACCUAAUGGUUACAUAGUAACUCAAGGUCCUCUAAAGUCAACAUGCAAUGAUUUCUGGACCAUGGUUUGGGAAAAGGAAACCUGUGCAAUAGUGAUGCUCACAGAGUUAUCUGAGAAGGACGAGGCCAAAUUUGCCUUACGUGUACCUGUUAAAUUUUUUCAGCAAUUAUGUUACAAGUACUGGCCAGAAGAAAAGGAUACUUAUGGUAAUGUAUGUGUCACUCUAGAGAACGUUGGAGAAGUAGAAAAGCAAGAAGUGAAACAGUUUCACUUCACUGCUUGGCCCCACGGUGGUAUACCUGAAUCCAGUACAGGGCUUUUUAGAUUUAGGUCACUGGUACAUGCUUUUAACCCCUCCGAUGCUGGUCCUAUCGUUAUUCAUAGCAGUGAAGGAAGUAGUCGUUGUGCUAUGUUUGUUGCACUCGAUAUCAAUCUUGACCGCGCCCGCAAGCAAGGUGAUAUUGAUGUUUUAGAAAACGUUGGUUUGAUGUCGCAUCAUCGAAAAAACAUUUUAGUCCGUGUUAAUGAAUACUUAUUUGUAUACGAAGCAAUACUUGAUGCUCUAAUACGAGGCAAUACGCAAAUGUCGCUUAAGAAUUUGCAAACCUUCGUAAGCCGGGCAGAUACAUCCGAAUCGGGCUCCAAAAACAAUCCUUAUACCAUCAUGUUUCAGUGCUUACGAUGUCAGGAGGGAGAACAUGAUGAUUUCGCUGGAGCUUCGUUAUCUGCAAAUGAAAACAAAAAUCGUUUUCCUGAUAUCUUAGCUAGGGAUAAAUAUAGGGUUAAACUUUCAAGCAGUGACAGCUCAGACUAUAUAAAUGCUGUAUUUAUUGACAGUUACUUAAGAGCAAGAGAAUUUAUUGUCACCCAAUAUCCACUACCGAAUACUAUAAAUGAUUUUUGGAAAUUAAUCAUGGAACAGAACGUUGCGUGUGUUGUUACCUUGGGAUCAUUUAGUAAUCAUCCGCCUUAUUGGUGGCCUUCUAAUAAGAAGCACGACGUAUACGAUAACAUUAAGGUUGAGAUUUUGGAAGUAGCGACGGUAGAUGACCUAACUAUAAGACAAUUAAAGGCAACAGAGAAGAAUCAUUCUAAAACUAAUAUAAUGAGCCAAUUUCAACUCAGUGGUUGGGAAGAUGAGGAUAAAGCGCCAGCCCAAGCUUCUACGAUUAUUAAUUUAGUAAAUCGUGUGCAAGAAUGUAUAAAAACAGUUCGCGAACCAGGACCUAUUGUUGUUCAAUGCCUUAAUGGCAGAGGACAAAGUGGAACUUUCUGCACGAUUUACUCUGCGUUGAAUACGGCGAUUGAAGAAAAGGCUGUUGAUAUUUAUUCUGAUGUCCUUUCAAUGAGAGUAGCUAGACGAGGAUUAGUUCAGUCAGAAGAGCAGUUACGAUUCUGUUUUGAAGUUGUCGUGAAAUACACUCAAGAUACUGGAUUGCUGUAG